GGAAAGGACUUGAAGGAGAGAAAGAGAGAAACCUUCGCUGUCUUCGGGAAAAUGCGGCUGCCUCGCCGAGCCUGCCUUUCCUCACGCCCAAAAGACAUGGUUAGGCUGGUGUGAACUAUGGCCCAGUUCUAUUAUAGAAGAAGCGUUAAUGCCCCUUACCGAGAUCGAAUCCCGCUACGCAUUGUACGAGCUGAGUCUGAACUCUCACCUCCUGAGAAAGCCUAUUUGAAUGCUGUGGAGAAAGGAGAUUAUGCCAGUGUGAAGCAAGCCCUGGAAGAAGCAGAGAUAUAUUUCAAGAUCAAUAUUAAUUGCAUUGACCCGCUUGGAAGAACGGCUCUUCUUAUUGCAAUAGAAAAUGAGAACCUGGAGCUUAUAGAGCUACUUUUGACCUAUAACGUCUAUGUUGGGGAUGCUUUGCUGCAUGCCAUCAGGAAAGAGGUAGUUGGAGCUGUUGAGCUGCUGCUAAACCACAAGAGGCCCAGUGGGGAGAAACAGGUACCACCCAUUCUUCUGGAUAAACAAUUUUCAGAGUUUACACCAGACAUCACACCCAUUAUCCUGGCUGCCCAUACGAACAAUUAUGAGAUCGUAAAACUUUUAGUACAGAAAGGUGUUUCUGUUCCCAGACCGCAUGAAGUCCGCUGUAACUGUGUGGAGUGUGUCUCUAGCUCAGAUGUGGACAGCCUUCGCCAUUCCCGAUCCAGGCUCAACAUCUACAGAGCUCUUUCAAGUCCAUCUUUGAUUUCCCUGUCAAGUGAGGAUCCUUUUCUUACAGCUUUCCAAUUAAGUUGGGAACUUCAGGAACUGAGCAAAGUGGAAAAUGAGUUUAAAUCUGAAUAUGAAGAACUAUCACAGCAAUGCAAGCAAUUUGCAAAAGACCUCUUGGAUCAGACACGGAGUUCCAGGGAACUUGAAAUUAUUCUUAACUACAGAGAUGAUAACAGUCUAAUAGAAGAGCAGAAUGGUAAUGAACUUGCAAGACUCAAACUGGCAAUUAAGUACCGUCAAAAAGAGUUUGUUGCCCAGCCAAACUGCCAACAACUACUUGCCUCUCGCUGGUAUGAUGAGUUCCCUGGCUGGAGGAGGCGCCACUGGGCUGUGAAGAUGUUGACUUGCGUCAUCAUUGGAUUUCUUUUCCCCGUCUUCUCUAUCUGCUACCUGAUAGCUCCCAAGAGCCCACUGGGUCUGUUCAUCAGGAAGCCAUUCAUCAAAUUUAUCUGCCAUACUGCAUCCUACUUGACUUUCUUGUUCCUUCUGCUGCUUGCCUCUCAGCACAUUGACAGGUCAGAUCUGAACAUGCAGGGACCUCCACCAACCAUCGUCGAAUGGAUGAUAUUACCGUGGGUCCUGGGGUUUAUCUGGGGUGAAAUUAAACAAAUGUGGGAUGGUGGCCUUCAGGAUUAUAUUCAUGACUGGUGGAACCUGAUGGAUUUUGUAAUGAACUCAUUGUACCUGGCAACAAUAUCUUUAAAAAUUGUUGCAUUUUCAAAGUACAGUGGGCUGCUCCCAAGACAGAGCUGGGAUAUGUGGCACCCAACACUGGUGGCUGAGGCACUGUUUGCUAUUGCAAACAUCUUUAGUUCUCUGCGCCUGAUCUCAUUAUUCACUGCAAAUUCUCAUCUGGGACCAUUGCAGAUCUCUCUUGGAAGAAUGUUACUGGACAUUUUAAAGUUUCUUUUCAUCUACUGUCUUGUGCUGCUAGCUUUUGCAAAUGGACUUAACCAGCUAUAUUUCUAUUAUGAAACAAAUGAUGCCAAUCGCUGUAAAGGGAUUCGGUGUGAAAAUCAAAACAAUGCAUUUUCAACUUUAUUUGAAACCCUCCAGUCACUGUUUUGGUCCGUGUUUGGGCUCAUCAACCUAUAUGUGACCAAUGUAGACGCACGACAUGAAUUCACUGAGUUUGUUGGGGCCACCAUGUUUGGGACCUACAAUGUCAUCUCUCUGGUCGUCCUUCUCAACAUGUUGAUAGCUAUGAUGAACAAUUCCUAUCAGCUCAUUGCUGAUCAUGCAGACAUUGAAUGGAAAUUUGCUCGCACAAAACUUUGGAUGAGUUACUUCGAAGAAGGAGGGACUCUGCCUACUCCGUUUAAUGUCAUACCAAGUCCAAAAUCUCUCUGGUACCUGAUCAGAUGGCUGUGGAGACAAGUGUUCAGGAAAAAAAUCAGAAAGAAACCUGAAAGUUUUGGAACAAUUGGGAGGCGUGCAGCUGAUAAUUUGAGAAGGCAUAAUCAGUAUCAGGAGGUGAUGAGAAAUCUGGUUAAGAGAUACGUGGCUGCAAUGAUAAGAGAUGCUAAAACUGAAGAGGGGUUGACCGAAGAGAAUUUUAAGGAGUUAAAGCAAGAUAUUUCCAGUUUCCGCUUUGAAGUCCUGGGUUUGUUAAAAGGAAACAAGCUGUCUAAUUUACAGUCCUCGAAAGUCAGCAGAGAAGAGUCCUCUUUGCCGGAAUCUGAUGAAGGAAAUGAAAAUGGAGGAGACGAGAAAAAUAAGAAGAGAAACCUUAGCCUUUUUGACAUAACUUCAAUGAUUCACCCCAAAGCAGUGGCAAGAGCCUCUGAGGCACACAGCCACAGCAAUGGGUCAGCCAUGAUGACAAGAGUUUCCUCCAAGGAAAAGCAGAGGAAAGUGAAUUUGGUGAGUGAUGUAAAGAAGUUUGGGUUCUUUCACAGACAAUCCAAAAGUGCUGAGCAAAGGACGAGUAUUUACUCGAUUUCUGAAGAAGUUUCGCGCCAACAAGCAGAAGAAUGUGAGAAAGCUCCUGAAAUGGGAGUGAAAGCGUUGGUUGUGAACUGUGAACUCAACAUUCGGGAUCUCAGUGAAAGCUGUACAGCAGGCACUCAUAAUCAGGCCAGAAAUGAGGCACUGGACUCAAAGGUGGAUGAGAAAAUUGCUGCUUCUGAAAUGAAGAAGGCUAAUUUGCCCACACCAAAGGAUUCUCCGGACAAUGAGCAGGACUUCAGUAGUAGUGACUCUGUUGUGAAACAAGAAACAGUUGUUCAGGACAAUUACCUGACGACAAGAUUGUGAUGAGCGGAGGCAGAAGCCUAUAGAAACACACUUGGCGGUGGUGAUGCUUAAAUCAGAAAAUAAAGAAUCAAAGCAUUCAGAGGCAACACAGCUGUAACAUAGCUCAGUGAAGAAGAGGAAAUGGAGGGGCCUUCUGUUUUGUAGCCUGCUUUAGCUUUCACAGCUUCUUUUACAUUUUUUUAUUAAAUGGGAGCAUCUUGUAUUCUUGUACUGUUGCAAUAACCCACAGAUACUUUUUAGCUAUCUUUUUCAAUUUGAAAUAAAUGCCAUUUCUCUCCUGUGAUAGUUAAUUGCCUAUGGUAAAUAUUUUUCUAUGCAAAUAAAUGUAGCUUAACAAA